CGGGAUUUUUUACCCGGAACCUUUAGUGUUUGGCGGUUUCUAGACAGUCAGUAAUUAAGUGAACACUGGGUUAAUCAUGGCGAGGCACAUUCGCUUCAUUGCCCGGACAGUGAUGGUUGAGGGGGGCAACGUUGACGAGGCAUACAGGAAUUUAAACAGGGUCCUCAGUCACGAUGGCAUUAUUGAAGAUGUAAAGCGCAAGCGCUACUAUGAGAAGCCCUGCAGAGAGCGACAGCGGAAGAACUUUGAGAAGUGUAGGUGGAUCUACAACACAGAAAUGGCCAGAAAAAUUGCCUUCAUCUCCAGGACCAAUAGAGAGGAUCCUUGGCUCGGCUGCUAGGAAGACUCAGCAAGAUGAAACAGGACAUUAUCAAUGAACUGCUUGAGGACAUAGACGACAAAGAUCAGCUCAGUGUUACUGUCAUAUCCCGAGAACCUGAAAAUAGUGACUUUAAUGUUGUCACAUUGUGUAAGUGUGAAAGACACUGAGCAUUGUCUCUCCAUCUGUCCAGAAAUGUUGACUUACCUGUUCAUAAUUUGAAAGUAAAACCUUGUUGCAACAAGCAGGUCAAUGAAUAUUUUGAGAUCAUUAUUUCUAUAUCUUCCCAAGCAAUGAAAAUCAUAAUAAAUGUAUGAGGUUCACUGUAAAGUUGGAAUUUUCAAAAAAUGCUAAAAGCUUGUUAUAAAUGAACUCAUUCAAGGUUAAGUCCUGCAGCUUGCAUCUUAUUAUGUAACUAUGUAAAACUGCCUUCUUGGUUUCGUGUCUCUAUAGCACUAACAGUGCCAUAGACUAUGAUUCUAAAUGUCACAAUCUCUGCCUGAAUUCAUUCAUCAUAUUCACGUUAGCAUGAAUAUUAACACUGAAGCAAGAGCACAUACACAAAUGUCUAAUUCAUGGACGAUGGAAAAGUGCAACUGACUGACUGUUCUUUUAUAUUAUAUUUCAUCAUUAGUGACCACAUUCACUUAUAAAUUCAAGAUUUUUUUAAAGAUCUAUUAUCUAACUUGUUGCUCAUUACUUUUCUGCCAAUUGAGUAAACAAUUAAUCAGCAAAUCAUGCUGUGGACACAAUGAUCCUGCAUUGAGAACAAUUUGUCCCAGCAACAAGGCCACUUAACAAAUCAUUAUUCAAGAAGUGAAACAACAUACUUGCCUGUGCAACCGAUCAUCAGUAAUAGUCAUGGUAUGUUACAUCUACAUUAUUAAAACUGGAUUAUACUGUA